AUGGGUAUUAAAGCAGUGUUACCGAGUUAUGAGCUGGGUUUCUACGCUCUGAUCUUGACUUGUGCGGUGGUGUACAGUGGAAAUGGGAUCUUCGACGCAUCGAGAGAUAAUGUGAACAGAAAAGCCUUUCGGCAGGGCAUAAAGCCGGGCUGGCAUUACUUCGGCAGGAAAAUGGACGCAGCUGACUUUGAGUGGGCGAUGUGGUUCACCUCGUUCAGGAACAUCAUCGUCUUUGCCCUUUCGGGGCACAUCCUGUUCGCCAAGAUCUGCUCCAUGGUGGCUCCUCAGCACAGAUCUGUGGUUUACAUGCUCUACGGGAUGUUGGCCGUGCUGGGCACCAUGGGACGCGCCUACCUGAUGAUUGUCCUCUCUCACUGUGUGGUGCUCUACACCGUCGCGCUGGCUAAGCAGAGGUGGUUGUGCUUUGCAGCCGGGCUUUGCAGCCUGGCCUCUUUCAGGCUGGAACCUUUCAGCAUGUGGCAGAAUGGAUUUGUAACAAGAACUUUUGAUCUUCAAGAUAUUCUGUUUUAUGGAGGAAGCGGCUUUACCAUCAUGCGCUGCAUGAGCUUUGCGCUGGAGAACUCCGAGAGGAAGGAAGGGAUUUACUCCAUCAUUGACCUGCUGAAAUAUAAUUUCUACCUCCCGUUUUUUUUCUUCGGACCCAUCAUGACCUUUGAUCAAUUCCACUCUCAGGUAAGCACCAGUGAGCUGAGACGCAAAGACAAUGAGAUGUGGAACAUUCGCGUCCACGCUUUGCUCCACCUGGGGGCGAUCGUCGCGGUGGAUGUGUUUUUCCAUUUCUUCUACAUCUUGACCCUUCCUGCGGACGUGAAGUUCGUGACUCGGCUCUCAGACUGGGCUUUAGCCGGCCUGGCCUACUCUAACUUGGUGUAUGACUGGGUGAAAGCUGCGGUGAUGUUUGGAAUUAUCAACACCAUUGCUAGGUUGGAUCACUUGGACCCGCCGCAGCCCCCAAAAUGCAUCACCAUGCUCUACGUCUUUGCAGAAACGCACUUUGACAGAGGGAUUAAUGACUGGCUAUGCAAGUACGUGUACGAUCACCUCGGGGAGAACCACGACGAUGUUGUGAAGGAGCUUCGGGCCACCAUCUGCACCUUCGCUGUCACCACCCUGUGGCUGGGCCCCUGCGAGAUCGUUUACAUCUGGUCUGUCUGCAACUGCUUCGGACUCAACUUCGAGCUCUGGGUGCAGAAGCUUUUCCAGAUGGAGCCCUUUGGCAGCAUGGAGGCCAACAUGUCAGAGCCGAUGUCUCGGCGGAUUAGAGGGAUCUUCGGGGCUGCAAACUUCUGGGCCAUUGUCCUCUACAACGUCCUUGCCCUCAACAGCCUGGACUUCACGCUGCUGGUUGCCAAGAGAAUCCUCCUGACAGGUUUCCCACUGAGCACCUUGUCCAUCUGGUUCAUCACCUACUGCGGAGUGCAGCUGAUCAAGGAGAGGGAGCGCCUCCUGGCAAUAGAAGAGGAGAAACGAGACAAAGAAAAGGCAGCGUAG